AUGACAACCCAAAUGUUCCGUGACCAAGCGGAGACCGCAGCCAAAUCGACCAAGGCUGAUUCCGCUGAAUCCUUCCAAUCUGAGGCGGCCCCUGCGGCAGUUAUAAGCAUGUGGGAUACUGAGCUCCCUCAUAUUAAUUUUCUUUCCUUGCACAUUGCAAUUGUGGGUUAUAGCUGGUCUGUUGCUCGCCUGAUCAUGAACACCCGACAAUAUACACCUGGCGAAGACCGGAAUCUACUUGGUCAAAAGUCCAAUUUAUUCACCGCUACCGUUCGCCCGAGCCGAUCGUCCUCUCGAGAAGGAAGCAGCGAAUCGACAGUUUCCGGUGUUGAAAAUGUCCGCGAUACUGUAGCACGACUUAAAGAUUCAACCGGCGAUGAAAAACAACAAAGUCAAACAAGAACUUGGAUUCCAUAUACGUUCAAGCCUCCUUUCUUAGCCUCUCUCAGCUUUGUCUCAUUUGGUAUUUGUCUUGUCUCGUUCCUCCUAUGGUGGAGGUCAUCGACAAACUAUGGCUUAGGAUCUGAUGACGGCUCAUCUGCUAUGCUAUUCGGUUGGAGAUACAGCCCGACCUUGAUCGCUGUCAUAUACGUCCAAAUGACCAGCGUGCUCUUCGAGGAUGUCAAGCGGACGGAGCCUUAUGCUCGCUUGGCCCGACCAAAAGGAGCAGAGGCAUCAGCCAGCAUCCUCAAGGCGCCGGGGGCAUGGUGGAAUGCACUAUACGACGGCUUCGCUAAGAAGAGGAAUGGCUCCCGAAGUAUUGUUCUUAUUUGCGCAUCAUUUCUCAACAUUAUUGGCUUUAUGGCCAUCUCACCACUUUCUUCUGCGUUUCUCUUUUCUGAAGAUGUGGUCGUUCCCAAGUCAACCGCAUUUACCAGCCUAGUGCCGACCAAAGACUCGCCAUUAUCCCUCGAUUCAGACAGGGCGACCCAUUUCCGGACGAUUGCCAAUCUACUACAGAAUGUCUCCACUUCUCCUUGGAUCACAGAUGAAUACACCAUCCUCCCCUUCUGGCCAACCGAUAUGCAAAACGUUCCCAUCAAAUCACUGCCGACGAGUCCUUCGCAGAAGUGGGAGGCAGAGACGGUGAUGUUCAAAAGUCAAUUCAAUUGCACGCAGAUGAAAUUGGACCGUCAGACAUCUGUCAGCCCGAAAUAUGGCUUGCUAGGCAAACUGCCCUCUAUCUCUACUAUCUGGUCUUCUUCCGAUGGGUGCAAGUACGGACUGACGGUCGAAACGUCCUUUUUCGAGGAUGGUGGCGGCAGUUGGUCUGAUACAUCUACAUUUUACAACGGCCUGGCUCCACUUGGUCAGGGAAUGACAUCCGUGUUCUUCACAAACAGUACUGCAGAAUGUGACAAUCGCGACAUCAUUAUCUUGACUGAGCCGUGGAAAUCUGAGGGGGCUAAAUACUCAGCUCAGUUAUGCGACAGUAGCUAUUACAUGGCUAAUGUCACAACGACCAUUACCCUGGGUGGGGAUGAGCCGGAAAUCUCUUACGAUGAGAGUGAAUUCGAUCAGAAGAAAGUCACCAUUCCUGAGACUUUGCUGAGUACGACUCUUUUCCGCAACCUUACCCUGGACGAAGAUUGGCCCACUUACAUGGUCUCGAUCUUCUUUUCGGGCGAUAGGCUGCUUGGAGGUCCUUCGAUUCUUUUGGGUGCUCUAUACGAUUACAAUAUUACCUCCAUCGUAAACGACCCAAAUUGGGUUCUCUCAGCAGCCAAAGCAAAGCAGCGCUAUUUUGGUGAGGUUCUGCAGGCAGCUUUGACUCACCAAGGUGCCUCAGACUAUACACCCAUGAAUGGCUAUGUUCACGAUAUCGAACCCCGAGUAGUGGUUCAAGCUGGACCUGCGAUUGCUUUGGGAGUUUUGCUCGCAAUUUCCUUUAUCCUUGUUCUAGCCAUUUGGUGGUUCUCUCGGGAGCAUGUUCGACCUUUACACUUGACAGACGACCCGGCUUCUACUCUGGGCACGGCUCGCUUAAUAACGCAUGCUUCUUGGGCUGAGUCUGGCUUCCGAAGUUUCAGGCAACCGUCGGACAAGGAGUUGCAUGAGAAACUUGCUGGAGAAUGGUUCUUUACAACCCCCCAGGGCCUUUCGCGUGUCAAUACAGACGACCUCAUGGGAAACGAGUCGUCGCAAUCUGAGAACGGAACGCCGGCAUUGUUUCGUCUUCCCGCUCUCCUUUCUCUAUCAUUGGUUUUGGUUGUGGUGGUAAUUGGCGUGUCUGUCCUUUAUCAUUUUGCCCAGACUUCAGGGCUCUACGAAAAAGCGUUUGUCUACCAGGUCCAAAUCUCCUUUAUCAACAAUGGUCUAUCCUCAGUGGCACCCUUUGCCAUGAUUCCCACUGUGAUAGCAACGGGAAUUGGUUUGUGGUGGAGUGCAAUGGAUGACAACUUUCGGCGUCUGCAACCCUUUAUUGCAAUGUCAAAAGGAAGUCCAUCUGUCUCCAGGGGUGCCGGCCUAUCCUACCGGUCUUCUUUCUGGCUCUGGGCGUGCGCGAAGGCUGCUCUCAAUAAGCACUGGCUUCUUGCUUUCCUUACAUUGGGAAGCUCACUUUCACCUGUCUUUACUACAACUAUGUCUGCCCUGUUUGAUCGUGGACCGGGUGUUGUCUCUCAACCCGUUACAUUGAACCGCACACUAGAGCUUCGACAAAUACCGCUUGUUUUCCCUGCCAGUCAAUCUCUCUAUCCUGGCUCUUCGAAUGAUUACACGGCCGGAAUCAUCGCAGAUCUUUACAGCAACCUUUCUACUCAUUGGAUGUAUACUGCCACCAUCCAGCUCACCCUCAAUGGAACUCAACCCGCAUGGAGUAAAGACGGCUGGAGCUUUGUGCCGGCCCUAAUGAACAACCUGCACAAUGUCGACUUGCCCAAUGACCUCGAUAAGUCCGACAGCACUGUCGACGGAGCUCGAUCCAAUGUCUCGUUCACCACGCAAGCCAUGCGAGGUCGGAUUGAAUGCAGCGAGCCCCCACUCAAAGCGAUGCUGAACAUUUCCAACUGGCUCACUUAUCGAGAGUUUAAAAACAGCAGUACCGCAAACUGGGACAAGUCUUCGAUUCCACACGGCCUUGAAGGGGGGUUUCAAUUGGGGAAAAGAUGGGGAAAUGACUAUUUGGCCAGCACAAUUACACCUUUCGUCUAUCCCCACAACAUGACAGACUGCAUUGGAUGUACCACUGCAUUUGCCAAUCCGAGCGAGAUAACCUGCUGCGGAAACAGUAGCAGCGAUGCUUGGGACCCAACAGUGGCUAUUGGGUUUUGGUCUCCCAAUGUCGACCCAGACGUCUGGAGCACGCGCCACUGGCAGCAAAACUUCACCGCGAAGUUCUUCCACGGAAAUGCAGUUACCGGGGUCCGAACGACUAAUGCUAGCAACGACAUCUAUGUGCGCGCCGACGACGUGCUUUUCACCAGCCCACCGUCGGCAUCAUUUCUCACCUGCAGACCAUUGGUCGAAUCUGCAAAUGCGCACAUCUCGGUGAACCCAGACAACGGCGAAAUCCAAAGCUUCAAUAUCACAGACGAGCCAAAAGAAAUGUCGAGUGGAUUCUCGGAUAAUUUCCUGCCUCAUAACAAAACUCACUGGAGCAAAGAAUCCGGCAAGAUGACAUAUAAUGUCACGGUUAGCCACGGCCGACUCUUCAUGGCAUCAAUGUUGACCGCAGCCGAUACCAUCAACAUCGCAGGCGCCCUACACGGAUUAGGCUACACGCUCGAAGACCUCGACGACAACACAUACAACAUUCGCGACGAGAUCAACGGUCUCAACAUGGACUUUAUGACAUACGCAAUGUACUCAAUGGCUGGAAAAGACCCAAAGAAACUCCUCGACUCCGACACAUUCAACGAGCUCGCCCAAAAGACUUUCUCAACGUUCUUCCAACACUUCGUCAGCAACGAAGUCUCCAUGGAGACCGGCGGCUGGGGCUACCAGAAGAUCAACGACAGUCUCCCAUCUGAGCUCGGUCCGGCCCUCGAACUGGUCGACAACUAUCUUCCUGGGAACAAGGCCUCGGCACAGCAAGAUGUGAUCCAACCAAUCUCGCACACCAACCGCACAGUCGAAGCCCACCUCACCCGCCGCGUGGAACUCCUCCAAAUGAACGCGGUAGCAGUCUGGCUCAGUAUAAGCAUAAUGGCCUGGCUAAUCCUGACGACAGUGGUUGUGGCCAUUCUGCAAAAACGCUAUUUCGGCAGUCUAGUCCGGAACGUCGAGUGUCUGGGCGACGUGCUCGUCCUCAUUGCUGGGAGUGCAAACCUGCUGCAAGUUGUUCGGGAAAUUCAGGCCGGCACACUCCUUUUGGAGGACUACAAGCAUCUUCGGACGAGGUUGGGGUGGUUCGUUGAUGAGGAUGGUGAGUUGCGGUGGGGGAUUGAAAUGGAGGAAAGUUAUGGGGACGGGCCGGGGGUUCAUUGGGUCUCUGCGCCUUAUUUCUCCAAGGGGAAAGGGAGUCAGACGUGGAAUCUUGCUGAUGAGGGGGAAGUUCGUGAUCAGAAUAUCUGA